CCUGUUAGGGACCAGCCGGUGGUAGCCUCUAGCAGCCCACAGACCAGAAUUCCCCAGGGCGCAGAAUCUAAGUUCCGACCUGCUUGUUCACCAGAGCCCCUGAUGGUGGGGAUGGACUUGGAGCAAGCCGAGACCAGGUCGCGACCCCUGGUUGCAACCAGCUGUGGAAGAGGCACCUGUCGGUGGUACGCAGCAGGUGAGAGUCUGAUGUGAGGAGGUAGAGUAAGCGAGGUGAGAGUCUGAUGUGAGGAGGUAGAGUAAGCGAGGUCAGACAGGCCCGGUCGGUAACAGCGGAGCAGGUCGGUACAAAACAGCAGGCAGAAGAAUAAACGGGUCACGGUCCGGGUUUGACAACAGGAGAUCAAAAGUGCAGGAACAGGCA